AUAUUAUAAAUCCAGCGCGUGAUCUAAAAAUUUGCUAUAAUCACAAAGCGUCGACGUUGCCGCGCACGGCGAACUUGGCGAACGGAACGACUCCGGCCUUCUCUUGGCUCCCCUGCCGCAUCCCUCGCUCUAAGUCCACCACCAACGUCGCACCCGCGUCCGAUGCCGCGUUCAGCUACCCCUCCAAGGAUAAUCGCGAGUUUUGGGGGGCUCAUCUUCGCUCCUCCGCCGCCGUCAUCAUCAGCCCAUACGACGAGAACCGCGGGUGUGGAAACCGUCCUCUCCGCUGGGCGGCCGCUACCGCUGUUUCCGGUCCACCUCCAAGAUCCGUCCCGCCAACGCGCCUUCAAGGAGAACCGCGAGGACCACCCCACCCCUUUGAGGAAUCCGGAAAUCCCCGCGCAAACGCCUCCGCGGUCAUCCACCGCCCCACCGGCCACGGGGAGAGGAUCGAAAGAUGGCGGGACAUCGGCGUGGGUGCGAUCCCCAGGCCGAUCGCCUCCGCCCUCCGCAUCCUCCUCCGGCGCAAGAAAGGCCAGCUACGGAUUCUUGGAGGGUUCGCUUCGAUGCAGGACGGAGCCCUCUUCGGGGGAAGAAGAGAAGCACCAGCUAAGGAUGCUGAAUUCGUGGUUGCUACUGUGGCGGUUCACCAACGUCCGGGGCGUGGCGGACGCACAGGUUCAACUGCUAUGGCAAUGGGAACCGCAUGCCAAGAGACACUUUGAAGCCGUGGCCACAUUAGGGAGGUUUCUGGGAGCUGUCUAUCUCUUGCUUCCCUUGGUUGAAGGAGCCAAGUUCAUCGAUAUAUGUGAGCUGCAUUGAACAUCAUGAAAGGCAUUGCGGAUAUAGAUGGGAAGCUCUACUCCAUGAUAAAAGCAAAUAAUGAGAGAGAGCUCAUUCCAUAAGCAUGAAAUCUGAUCUCCAAAGCCAUGGCAUUAACAAAACGAAGCAGCCUGUGUAUGAAUUGGUAUGCACUCCCUGGGUCUCCAUGAUUUCCUGGAAUUUUAGUGCUCCUCUCUGCUUCAUUUAUAAUCUUGAGAAUGUUCUGUGAUUGCCCCUUUUAUCCAAAUGAUAUAAAAAUAAAAACUUAGUAACUUGUUGUCUGAUACAUGUAGCUGCUUGAUCUCCAAUAUAGUAUGUUCUUACUGGAAAGAA